AUGAAGGAUUGCACUGGCUUGGGGACGAAGAGGGGGCAUUCUUUAUCAAAGCGACUAAACAUUAUAUCUCGUCAGAUUCGUAUUGUGCGGUCCACCUCUAUUGACGUCCUUGUUCGUCUCUUUUCGCGAAAUGCAUCUAAUCUAGAGGUUAAUGUUUCAACAUGCGGCAGCGUCUUUUGGACGAAGUCCUUGCUUAAUUGCAUUCGCAGUCUUCUUUUCGAAUCCUCUGACUGCCUCAUUAUUCAACCAUCCAAUGAUACGUCCUCAUUUUAUUCGUCAACUCUACAGGAUUACCCUUUGCUCGAAAUCAAGAAUAUUGAAAGAGAUGCAGUAGCCUCUCCCAACCAUCCUGUUUUACGACUCGCACUUAUGUGGUCGCGUCAUCCACUUUUUAUUCAAGAAUUUUUAGCUGCACAAUUAAUUCUUGUUGCGAAUCUGACCAACCUUUUGGCCAAUCCCAAAUUGACGACAGCGACUUCAGCUCCUCUAGUUGAAAUAAUUCAUAAUCUAGCUUGUGUUCCAGGCAUGUGA